GCUGCAGCCGCGGCGGGCUCCGGGCACCGCUGAUGCGUGGACUAUCCGCUGCUGCAACAUGCCCGAGCCACGGUUCCGCUGACUGGAGUUAGCACACGGCGAGCUGGGCUGGACUGCAGCGCUGCCUUUCCUUAUGAAGAGGACACAAACUUGGAUUAUCACUUGCUUUUAUCUUCAGCUGCUCCUACUUAAUCCACUUGUCAGAGCUCAUAGUCCCUGUGGGAAUCCAGUGACAGAUGAUGUGAAUGACAUUACAAUAUUGGUUGGAAAUCUUCCAAAUGAUUAUAGGAUAACCCUUAAAUAUGUCGAGAAGAUGGAAAGUCUGCCUAAUCACUGUUGGUUGUAUUUGAUGGUGCCUGAAUUUUCAAAGAGUCUGAGUAAUCUGCUCCACAAAUUUUCACAAAUAUCUGAUGUUUUAAGCAACCGUUCAAUCAUCAAUAAUCUCACAAGGAUAAUUAAUGAUCUUAUGGAAUGUCUAGCAUUAGAUAAAAAUAAGAAUUUUAAACAAGAAAGCGAUCACCUGUAUAAAGAAGGCAAGUUCAUUCCUGAGGAAUUCUUUAGGCAUUUUAACAACACCAUUGAAGCCUAUAAGACGUUUUCAGAAACAUCAGAUUAUGAUGACUGUGUUCUGCCUUCAACAACAGAAACACCAGUUCAUGAUUCCAAGGUCACUGAAACAAAGCCAUUUUCAUUACCUCCUGUUGCUGCCAGUUCCCUUAAGAAUAACAAUGAUAGCAGUGUCCAGGAUACACUUGGCUACACUAGCAGCUCUAGCCUGCAAGGGAUAAGCAUAGCAUUGCCAUCAUUGUUUUCUCUUCUUAUUGGCCUUGCUUUGGGAGCAGUAUGCUGGAAGAAAACACAUCCCAAAUCUCAACCAGAAAGUGAAGAAACUGAACGGGGUAGUGACUGUCGAGAAGAAAAUGAGAUAAGUAUGUUGCAGCAAAAAGAAAAAGAGCUUUUACAAGUGUAGCCAUUGCUUCUUUUUCUCCAACACUGUUACUGUUUCAUGUACUGGCAGAUAACAGUUCCAUGUUCGCUUCAUAAAUGAAGCAGCUUUAAGCACAUUCAUAUUCCUUCUGGAGUGACAGACUGAGUCUGCAUCUGUUGUUGCUGCCCAUAACUCCACACUCAUGAUACAGAAAUAAGGACAGUGUGUGUGAUUGUUACUGUGAAACCAACACUGAAAUAAACAACGUUGAGAAGAGAGUGCGCACUGAGCAGGACUUAAUUUUAUGCAAAUAACUACCUUGCGUGGCAUUUUUGGACUUUAAUUGUAUUAGUUUCAGCUGAGUCUGGCAAACAAAGUAAAUACUCUGAAAAAUGAUCUUUGAAAUGCCUCCAGAUACGUGUAAUCAAUGAAUGUCAGGGGGAAGAAGGUAUUCCUAAUUCACAGUCUGUGUCCUCUUAUUUUACCCUGGUGUCUUCACAUGGAGUUCCUGAAACUGACAAGGAAUGCAGAAAUGGAUGCAAACAACGUAUCUUCAAUACUGCUUGUAAAACUUGCAAGUAAGAUGGUGCAAAGGACCAUUCUUCAUCUAUAACGGACCUGGGUUUGUAUCAUGUCUAAAAUGAGAUGUGGUCUGUCUGGCACUAUGUGAAUGUAAGCCCACUACAAAAAGCCUCCACAGUAUUUAGCAGGGCUGGUGGUCUCUGUUCAGAGAAGCAAAUACUGGAGCAAGAGCAGGUGAGGGUAACAGUUUUGACAUUUGGCAUAAGUACUGGAUAUGUGACAACUCCAGUUAGGCUUUCAGUCAUGCAAAGAGGACAAAAAGCAAAGAGUCUGAAUUGCGUUCAGUGUCUGGCAUAAAAACGAACUAUUGAAACCUAUUCUGAAUGUUGAUGAUCCAUUCCACCAAUAUGUUGACUUUUAUAUAAAAUUUCAGAAGUCUGGAAGAUACCGAGGGUGAGCUUAGCUUUUACUGUAUGUCAGCUGUAAUACGUAUUUGCAUUGUAUUUUAACUGAAUAAUAAGCUUUUAUAAUCUGGCAUUCUCCAUUCUUUUAAGGUUAAUUCUAUUUAAACAGAAAGAUGAAAGCUUUAUUUCCAAUUGUCUUUGGUUUCUAUUGAUGUUGUUGAAUAUAUGUAUUACAGAUACAAGACUGAUAAAAAACUAACAUUUGUCAGGUUGGCACUAAAAAUAUUAUACUAGCACUUGCAAAGUAUGCUUUGUGCAUCCUUUUUGUACAGGCUGCUUCUGGAUAGUGGACAGUAAAUAUUUAUCUGUAUAAAGGAUUUCUACUGCAGAAAAUAGAUGUGGAUCAACCCAAAUGACAAACUGCUUAAAAGCUGACCACUAAACCAGUAACAGUUUAAUUAAAACUGACUAAAAGAAACGCUCUUGCUUUAGCAAACAUUAUUUUAAUUUUGUACAAAGUUAGCUAACUUCUCUAAAUAUUUUUAUUUAAAUCGUCAAAGAGCAAUUGAGAUGCUUUCGUUAUUAUCUAAAUUUGCUAUCAAUGAUAUGUCAAAGGAAUAUGCUUUAUAUACUGAUCUGAGUGCUACAUUACAAAAAGUAUUAUGGCUAAUUAUGAAGCUCAGGACUGUCCAAAUUCUGGGUGGUGGGGGGGAGGGGUCGGGCCCAGGGCCCUGAGCCAGACAGUACGUGGGUCACACACCAUAGGGGGCAGCCAACAGCAGUUAAUUUUUCCAACAGCAGUUUAGUAUAAUAUGAUUAUUAAACAAGCCUAUAUUAAUUAGUCCCCCAGACUCUGCAUUGCAAACCUACUUUAAGAAUUACUUUUAGAAGUUCAGCAUGACCUCAUGUUUUGGAUUUGCACCUUAUUUAUUGAGAAUUCCUGAAUACAGGUUCUGACAAAGAGGGAAAACCCAACAAUAAGAAAUUACUACAAUUAUUUCUGAGCACUUUACUAAAAUGUUAAAUAUUUCACAUCACCAAAAUCUACUAUAUUUAAAAGGAAACUAUGCACUUAAAAUCUUAUAGCAAUUUCCUAAGCCCCUAUCAUUUAAUGAUACUCCAAUAUUUAUUUUCUGCUCAUAGAGAUGCUAAUUUUCCUAAGUAAUUAUCUUUUAAGACAAUUAAAUGAAUAUUAAUAUAACACUGAACUUUUAGAGAAAUACGUGGUGAUGUUUCUUAAAUUAGGCUUCGAUGUCCUAAUUACAAUUUUGUGCAAAGUUUAAAAUAUAUCUCGUACUCUGGAUAACAAAGGGUAAUGUACCAGGUGUAAACCAAAACACAGUUAAUCCAGAAACACGUUACUGCAAAAUGUUCCAAAAGCAACAGUCCAUAAGCUUAAUUAUAUUACAGUGUUUAUACUAAUGCCACAUACAUUCAUCUUUGCCACAGAACAAGGCAAAUUUAAGGCUGAAUAAUGGAAGAACCCACACGUACAACCCUUUUGAACUCACAAACGUUACAUAACCACGACUGUUCUCAUUUUGAAUGUAAAUAGCAUCCAUUAGCAGAAAGUGAAAUAGUAUCACAUGUCCUCUGAGCUGUAUAAUCAUUUUGACAGCUCCUGGUUCUUCUACACUCCCUUUCACCCUCUCCUGUCACUUCAGAGAUUUGAACUAAGUGUUUGCGCCUUUUAAAGUGAGGGUCACAAAGUUGAAACACACCUUUAGGUAGCUCAAAAUACAGUAGUUUUUUUUAGUGUUUGGAAAACUAACAAUUAAGAUUUCUGCAACUUGCUUCUACAACCUGCCUGAUUUUGCUAGUUGGUGAGUAAAACCUCAGACAGAAUGUCAUUCAUCUGCUGAUUUGAGAGACAGCUGAAAUCAAUGGUAAUAAUAAUGGAGUACAUCACUAUUCUAUAGGAGUAAAGAGUCAACUGUUUCUUCUCCCAUAACUACUUUUUCUUUCCAGGUUUGUAAGCUGUUGUACAAUUCCUGAAUAAAAAUAAUUUAUUAAAUCUUCCAUUUCAGGUAGGGGCAACCCAUGCAUUGACAUGAUUAGAAAAUGAAUGUCUUUUUAUUAAAAUGGGGGAGAAAGAAGGAAGUGUUCUGCUAUAUUAAGGUCAACCCAACUUAGUUAUCAGAUCUCUGUGGAUUUUGUGAGGAACUAACAUUUUUAAGCUUCCUUUGGAGUAGUUGAACUUUGCAUGCUAUUAAUAGCAGGCUUGUGAGAAUAAAAAAGCAGCUAACAGUAUGCAGCAACAUUUAAUGUGCUAUUUUAGAUGUGUGUUUACUUGAAUAAAUUAAUGGUACUUAUUUCAUCACAAGGUAAUUUUAUAAGCAAGCUUAUAAAAAUUAAUGUGCAGUACUAUGGAACAUAAGUAGAAAGUCUUAUACUUGCAUGUUUUCUAGAUUCUGACACUUACCAGCCAUGUCUUUUCUGUUGCUAUCCCUUGGUAAUAUGGUGAAACUGUUCAGAACACAUUACACCACUGUUGAAUUGAAAAGCUAACGGUUUAUAACUUUAGCUGUUUUGAGUUAUAUUUGUAUUUAAGAAUUAUUCAACAGUUUUUCCAAAUCAGAAUUUUGAUUCAAAUAUAUAUUAAGAACAGGUAUAUGCUAUGGCGGCAUGUUGCUAUUAUAUUAUCAAACUUAUGGAACGCAGAAUCUUCAGACUCUUUAGAGACAGAGGCACAAACAUUUGCUGGUGCAUCAUGGGUGAGUUUGUAUAUUUCAAUAUAAAUGUCAGCACAAUCUUGCAUAGUUACAUUCUGACUGAAGGUUAAUCAACAAAGUUUAUAAAAUGUGAUGUGUUUGUAUAUAUGUGUCCUCUUAAAAUAGAUGUAUGCUUUGAUCCUUUUUUAUACUGGUUUGAAUUUGGAAUUACGUUAAAUACAUAUACUUUAUUGUUCUAAAUAAAGAUUUUAUGCA